GCAGUGUUUUUAACGAAGGCUUUGACUUUUAAGCCAAUAGGAAAAUAAGCAGAAGUGAACGCUCUUGAAAUUCAUCGCGUGCCUCUGUACGUUCCGUUGCGUGGUGCCGUCAUGCGUCCCCUCUGUCUCACUCUCGCCCCGACAGACUCACAACCUCAGACAUGGUUCCGUGAACCGACACAUGGCAGCUAGCAGCCAUGAACCAAAAAACAACCCACCAAAAACUGACGAUGCCUAAAUAGCAGUAUUUUUCGUUUGUUUCGAAACUACUCCAACUCUUGCAAUAUCCACAGCUACCAAGCGGUUGUCAGUCACUGUCAGGGGAGAGGCGCACUGCAACCUCUUCGGUUUAAUUUCCUCCGAUAUUUCGCUUUUUUGUUUAAUAGUCACUUUUAAGUUUUAGUCUCUUCCAACAGACGCUCAACAUGGGUGUUCAAGGUUUCCAAGAGUACAUCGAAAAGCACUGUCCCAGCGCCGUGGUGCCGGUGGAGCUCCAGAAGCUGGCCCGGGGGAGUAUGGUAGGAGGUGGUCGGCAGAGAUACCCUCAGAGUCCGCUGAGACUGCUGGUGGACGCCGAGAACUGCCUCCACCGGCUCUACGGAGGCUUCUACACCGACUGGGUCAGCGGAGGCCAGUGGAACCACAUGCUGGGCUACCUGGCCGCCCUCUCUAAGGCCUGCUUCAACGGCAACAUUGAGCUCCUGGUGUGCUUCAAUGGCGCCCUGGAGAAAGGCCGUCUUCACGAGUGGGUCAAGCGACAGGUGAACGAGAGGCAGACCGCCCAGCAGAUCAUCAGCCACAUUCAGAACAAGGGCACCCCGCCGCCCAAAGUCUGGUUCCUUCCUCCUGUGUGCAUGGCCCAUUGCAUCCGACUGGCGCUCCUCAGGUUUCGCGUCGGGGUUGUCCAGAGCAUUGAGGACCACCACCUGGAAGUGAUAGCCUUAUGCAGGGAGAAUGGCUUCCACGGCCUGGUGGCCUACGACUCGGACUACGCUCUGUGCAACAUCCCGUACUACUUCAGCGCACACGCCCUCAAACUGAGCCGAAACGGCAAAAGCCUCACCACCAGCCAGUACCUGAUGCACGAAGUGGCACGGCAGCUUGAUCUCAACCCAAAUCGUUUUGUCAUUUUUGCAUCACUUCUAGGAAAUCACAUACUGCCUGAUGAAGACUUGGCUGCCUUUCACUGGAGCUUACUUGGUCCAGAGCAUCCAUUAGCAUCUUUGAAGGUGCGUGCCCACCAGCUUGUGCUCCCACCCUGUGAUGUUGUAAUCCGGGCUGUGGCUGAUUAUGUCCACAACAUCCCAGACAUCAACGACCUGGAGGCCAUCGCUAAGGACAUCUUCAAGCAUUCACAGGGUUUUCAGUCAUGCACUGAUGACAAAGUCAUACGCUUCAAGAAGGCAGUGGAGUACUACUCAGUGGCCAGCAAACCCCCUCACUUCCUUCCACACUUAGUCAGACCAAAACACAUGGGAGUGCCUGCUGCAGUGCCAUCUCCAAAAGUGCUCAACAUUCCACAGGUGCAGCUGCCUGUAAAAACUGGGGUCCAGUACCCGUACCCAGAACCCCAGGCGGAGGGAAUCCUGGCUCUGGACUCUGCGGAGAGAGGCCCCCCUGAGCAGAACAGUUUCAGCAACAUUCCUCAUGAAGGGAAGCACACACCGCUGUAUGAGAGGUCCUCUCCCGUCAGCCCAGGCCAGGCCAGCGCCUCCAACCACACAGAGGCUGCUUUCUUCAACACCUCCUCGACAUCCUCCUCCUCAGAGAAUGAAGAGAGCUCAGGCACAACUGCCAAUCAUGUUUGUGACCAUAAGGGAGGAUGGGAGAAAAACAGACAUACUCCAAAUUCUGAAAAUACACCAGAGGGGGACCUGGGGGACCAAACAAAAGAUGACCUCUGUGUGACCUCAGGAUCACAGGGCGGAGGUCUUCUCAGCCUGAAUGCCCAGAUCCCAUCCCUGCUCUCCAUGCCAACCAGGAACCACAUGGACAUCACCAUCCCACCUCUCCCUGCUGUGGCUCCCGAGGUCCUGCGGGUGGCUGAGCACAGACACAGGAAGGGCCUCAUGUACCCUUACAUCUACCAUGCUCUCACCAAGGGAGAGAUUAAGCUAUCUGUCACCAUUGAAGAUGAAGCAAACAAAGACCUGCCUUCAGCAGUGCAGCUGUUUCGGCCUAUCCGUCAACAUGUUUACGGAGUACUCUUCAGCCUGGCUGAGGCCAGGAAGAAGGCUGAGAGACUCGCCCUGAGGAAGAACUGCCUCCCUGAAUACACACACGUCAUGGUCAAAGAGUGGGCCGCCUACAAAGGCAAGUCUCCCCACACUCCAGAACUUGUGGAGGCUCUGCCCUUCAGGGAAUGGACCUGUCCCAACCUGAAGAAGUUGUGGCUGGGGAAGGCUGUGGAGGACAAGAACCGCAGGAUGAGAGCGUUUCUGGCCUGCGUGCGCUCCGACACUCCAGCUAUGCUGAACCCUGCCAACGUUCCCACGCCCCUCUUGGUGCUCUGCUGUGUGCUGCGGUUUAUGUUACAAUGGCCAGGAUUAAGAAUUUUGCGUCGUAACGAACUUGACGCUUUCCUAGCCCAAGCAGUUUCUCCUAAACUUUAUGAGCCUGACCAGCUGCAGGAACUGAAGAUCGACAACCUGGACCCUCGAGGAGUCCAGCUGGCCGCUCUGUUCAUGAGUGGGGUGGACAUGGCUCUGUUUGCCAAUGACGCUUGCGGACAGCCUAUUCCCUGGGAGCACUGCUGUCCCUGGAUGUACUUUGACGGCAAGCUGCUACAGAGUAAACUCAUAAGGGCCAACAGGGAGAAGGCCCAGCUCAUUGACCUCUGUGAUGGUCAGCCUGAGCUGGUUGCCAAGGUGGAGAAGAUGCGCCAGAGCAUCCUGGAAGGCCUCAACUUCAGUCGACCACCUCAUCCUCCUCCAUUCCCCCCACCGCCACUUCCACCUCCUCACGGGAUGCCUUUCUACCCCCCGACUGGCUCCUUCUACCCCCCACCUCCUAUGAUGCCUCCUCAGGGGAGGAGCAGAGGGAUGCCUGGAUUUCAAGGGAUCUCAUCGCAGGGUGGGAAGCUGGAGAUAGCUGGCACUGUGGUGGGACAGUGGGGCGGAGCUCGACGCAGCCGAGGUCGAGGAGGCCUCCCACUCCAGGUGGUGUCUGUUGGUGGACCAAACAGAGGUCGUCCCAGAGGUGUGAUUUCCACGCCCGUCAUCAGGACGUUUGGUCGGGGUGGCAGGUACCACGUUCGAGCCUCCAAGAGUCAGGGAGCAUACUUGAGCAAGCCCGCUCAUAAGCCCACUACAUGUGGACAUGAUGGAGCGAAAGAGAGAACGAAACCCCAGCCAGUGGAAGGGAAAUCCUCCCCUGCACCGUGCGACGGCUCAGCCACGGAGAACGGCGUGGAGGACAAAGAACCAGACCAGCUCAACGGAGAUAAAGAGGAAUGCAGGGCUCUCAUCCAACCCGAAAGUGCCUUUAGCAGUGACUCCAAGAUGUGCAAUUCUAAUCCUCACUUAAAUGCACUAAAUGUAGACAGCGGCCGUCUCAGAGAUGAAGGUCUGGAGGCCGCUGUCUUACAAAAAGAAGAGUAAGUCUAUUUUUCUAGAGAGGGUGAAGGAUGAAAGGUGGAACAGAGUCAGGAUAUCUGGAAAUUAAGAAGGCCUACAGUCAAUGUACAUUUUUCCUGUCAGACCAAGAGCAGAGAUGAGAUUCGGAACCCUCUCAGUAAAAACAUGACAUAUGACACACUGCUAGUUUAAGGAGUUGUUCACCCUCAUCACCAAGAUCUCUACACGUUUAUUAGAAUGAAAUUUUCAUUAGGACAUUAAAGCUUCAAGAAGCUUUAAUUCUGAAGUAUUUUAGUUCUUAUAGGUUGACACUCUCCCAGUACUUGGUGCCAUGUGUCCACCAUAGUGCGCUUAUCAAUUUUUUGUUGUCACAGUAACUGCUUAAUGAAAAGCAAAUAUAGAAUUGGAAAGCAGAAUGCAUUGGCCUUGGUCUGCGCUCUCGGUUCGGUUCAUAUUUAACUAACUGUGUUCAUCCUUUCAGAUGAGCUUCAUAUACUUUCAGGCAUUUAGCUGUAAGUAACAUUUCAAGAAAUGGCUCUAAAAAUCAGAUGCAGACGAUCUCACUAAAACCCUGAUACUCAACUUGGUUUCUUGAAUCGAACAUAGAGCUGUAGUAUUACCGCUUAAUUCAACAAAAAAAAAACCUUCUGCAUGGUUCACAGUCUACGAGGUUUGUAGUUAUUAUGCAUGUUGUACUUUUUCUUCCAUCUUCACAAGUACUGUGCCCAUUUGCAAAUUAAAGAAAUGGCUAAUAUCAGUGAUUUCCCAUAAAAAGGUGUUAACUGUUAGUAAUCGAAUUGUUCUGAUCUUGAUUUGUUUGUGAUAUUGACCUCUGUUGCAUUUAAUUGAAAAAAAAAUCUAGCCACUUAAAUAGUGUGUUCACACUACGUUGUUCUCUGUUGCUGUUUUCUGCAUUAGUGAAAUAUCUGGGAAAAAAAACAAAAAAAAACUCAUAAAAAGCUUUGAUUAAAUUCACCCUUUUUGUAGCUGAAAGCGCCGUGCUCGACCUCCCAAUUAAGACUGAAACCGUCAGCCAGUAAAUCAGUUUUGAGAUUUUCUUUAGUGUUGUUUUUACAGUCGUACUACUUUACACCAGAAUCACCAUCAUUUAACAUUUCAGCUUAAUUCUCAUAUUUCAUUAGUGAUCAGAGAAAUGGUGUAUUCCCCCAGUUCCCCUUGCAAGAACUAAAUAGGUUACCUUCUAUGUAAGUUGAUCAGAGUUUCUUCCAAACUCAUGGAUUGUAAAAGAAUGAACUGCUGUUGGGUUUGUUUGAAUGUUGAUGGAUUAUGGUGUGGUGUAUGUGAAGGCAACUUAGCUACAAUGCUUAAUAAAACUAUAUUCUUUUAGUACAA